AUGGGCGUUGGGACGCGCCGCCGGACCGUCCUCUUCAACUUCGACGUCGUUCUUCCGGCGGUCUUGGUCACCAAGUCAAGUCUGUUCAACUUUUCGUGGCGCGUCCUAACCAUCAGAACUAGUCGAGAAAUGGAGAUGGCCACCACAGCCGAGAUACCCAAGUUCGUGAGCGUACCGCCUCGCGCAAGGCACACGGCGACGGUGAUCAUGGUUCAUGGCCUCGGAGACUCUGGAUAUGGCUGGAAGAGUGUAGCACAGAUGUUCGCUGACGAACCUGGUCUCCACCACGUCAAGUGGGUUCUCCCGCACGCCCCACCCAGAGCGGUUACAGCCAACGGUGGUCGAGUGAUGCCCGCGUGGUUCGACAUCAUCGAGUUCUCCAUGGACCUCAACGCACCGCGCCAGGACACCGCCGGCAUGCUCGCCACGGCACGUUCGUUCGAUGCGCUCAUCGCCGCGGAAGUGGAAGCGGGUAUGCCCGCAGAGCGCAUCGUGCUCGGAGGGUUCUCGCAGGGCGCGGCGAUGACGCUUCUGACGGGUCUCACGACGAAACACCGGCUUGCGGGGUUGGUCGUGAUGAGCGGUCGACUCCCUGCGAAGGACUCUAUCAAGGAGGCGAGUGCUUUGCAUAUGCUAUCUGAGCAUGCGAGGAAGCUGCCGAUCUGGUGGGGGCAUGGAAAGCAAGAUCCUCUCGUCACCUUCGAGCUCGGGAACAAGUCAAGGGAAGUCUUGAGGACGGAGAUGGGCAUCGAGACGGUAGACUCGGAAGCCGUCCUCGGGGGUGGCGUUGACUUUCAUGCUUACGAUGGGCUUACACACUCGACAUCCAUGGAAGAGUUAGAGGACUUGCAGGUGUUCAUCAGGAAAGUGAUACCUUCGACAGAUUGA